AUGGAGUCAGAGCUGUCAGGUUAUCCUAGUCUCUACGACCGAACACUGUUUUGCUAUAUGCGAACAUGCAGGGGGGAGUUAGUUCGGGCUUUUGGCAAGCAUGCAGGCGAUGCCACAUCCAUUUGGCCUGCAAUCCAAUCCCCACUACUCCCCCAUGAGGACAACGAUCUCUACCGGCGGCUUCCUUGCAUCGCCAUCAAUGAAGAGAAGACUGUUGACAUCUACGAGCUACGGUCUGAAGAUCGAGCAAGGAUUGCCGGAUUGGUUCUGCAGUCCUCGACCGUCGAGUCAACCCAGGACUUCGACAGUUUCUUCGCCCAUCUCCUCCUGACCUCCAUUGGAAAUCAACCCGACACCCCGGAGACACUUUCUGCAGCCGAUCACAAGCACAGCAGUUCAAUUGCAAAGGCACUCGUGGAUUUGUGCAAUGCAGAGCUAUUAUUCCAUCCGUCCAAUUCACAAUGGCACAAUGGCGGUCGCGACUACCUACUCCGCCAGAUAUCUUUCUUCACCUCGCGUGGAUUGCCCAUACAGAUGGCGCUGCCAGCGUUUCCUUGUAAGUCCUCAAACUUACAAAAGGUCGAGGGUCGAACGCCCGACCGCGGUGAAGAAUUGGCGCUGCGGAGGCUGUAUCAAGUGCUAGGACAGAUCGAAGCCAUGUACAGUCCAGGGGCUUCAAUCUAUAUCGUCAGUGAUGGGCAUGUUUUCAGUGACUGCAUUGGAGUGGACGACGACAUGGUCGAUCUCUACAAUGCCGAGUUGCAAGAGCUGAACCAUGCCAUCCGUAGGCAGGGAAAGUAUCAAUCUCAGAUCGUCUUCCGGUCACUCAAAGACAUCUUUGCCUUUGAUACCCAGGAAACUGACCAGCUCUCCAUGCCCGAGCUCAAUCAUUAUCUUCCAACAACGAUCUCAUCUGACGCGGAAACAUGUCGGCAGAUGAUGAUGCUGGCCUGCCAGCCCAACCGAGCAGCUUUAAAAAAGCAGAUCGUCACAGAUAAUCCCUCGCUCCUUGCGCUGUACCGUGGCUUUUCGCGCUUUAUGCUUGAGGAUCUAGCGUUGCUCCCAUACUCCCAGUCUCUCUCUCGAAGCCAGCGAAAGAAGACGGCGGAAAAUGUCGCCUUCGAGAUGAUUCUGCGCAACCAGGCCUACUCCAAUCUCGUGGAGCUGUUCUUUCCGGAUCAUAUCCGGCUUUCCAUUCAUGCCCAUCCGAAUUCCGGCCCCAAGUUUGGCAUCACUCUGUUUGAUCCAGCGACUACCAGAGUAGUCGACAGCUUGGAUGAUCUCUCCAGUAUUGUCGAUGCUUGUCCCUCCCUUGACCUCUUGCACAUUCCGACGCCAUGGCAUAAUUGUGUCAUCAGACUGGUGGGGAACGCAGCAGAUCUAGUGGCCAAAUCGCACCUAGUGCAGGAAGCCCUGCGGUUAGAUCACGUUCAGGGGCGCUGGAUUGAAGGCGACGUGGGUGCGGGCCGUGGGGGAUACUUUGAGCUCGACCUGCAUCAGAAUGACAAACAAGGCUGUCUGACCGUCACAGACACAAUAAUAUCCUCUCCUACCUUGUCUCAAAGCACGACAAGCACCCCUGGUGUUAUCCAGCAGUCAGCGGUGACAAGCCCACGAAAGCCUCACAGCGCUUCCAGAGUCCUUCUCGAGGCACAAAGACUGAUGCAGUGGAUCAAGCUUCAAACUACUGGCUCUGUUGACUAG